AGACAGAACGGCGCGGUCAGUUCGGUGUUAAGCGCCUCAGUUGUGUUAUAGCACUCCAACGGAUAGGAUAGGAUAACACACACUCGUUCAGUGGUGACGGUUCAGUGGAAAUCACGCUUAGAUCGUUUGAAAAAACAGCUUUCUUUCGUUCCAAACGUUAAUCGGUCUGUAACGGCUUGUUUUUACUACAAAGGAAUCAGUUGAGACAAAAUGAGUGAAAUAGCCGAGUACUACCGGGGGAAGAGUAUCCUCAUCACAGGCGCCUAUGGGUUUAUGGGAAAAGUGCUCAUAGAGAAGCUGCUCUAUUCAUGCACUGACCUGAAAAUCAUCUACAUUCUAGUCCGGGCCAAACGAGGCAAAUCCAUAGACCAGCGGUUGGAUGAGAUGUUUAAGAUACCUUUAUUCGAAAGACUUCGCAAAGAAAAGCCACACACUUUUCAGAAGGUGGUGCCUGUAGCCGGUGAUAUCGGUCUGGAAAAUCUCGGGUUGAGUGCGGAGUCCCUGAAGCUGCUGGCUGAUGUGAACAUCAUCUACCACGCGGCAGCAUCACUCAGGUUGGAUGCUAAACUCCCAGACUCGGUCCGGUUCAAUGUGGAGGGCACCCAUCGAUUCAUGGAGCUCUGCAAGGGUUUCAAGAAACUUGAGGCUUUUGUCUACGUCUCGACAGCAUUCUGUCACUGCGAACUGGAUGUAAUGGAAGAGAAGGUCUAUGAAACACCGGUCAAACCAGAAGACAUAAUGCGCAUUUGCCAAUGGAUGGACGAGAAAUCUAUGGAUGCCAUAACUCCCAAACUCCUAGACGUUCAUCCCAACGCCUACACUUACACAAAGAGACUGGCAGAAAAACUAGUGGCUGACUACUAUCCGGAAAUUCCCAUACUUAUUGCUAGGCCUUCAAUUGUGACACCAGCCUUGAAAGAGCCGUUCCCAGGGUGGGUGGACAACCUGAACGGACCCGUUGGUCUGAUAGUGGGAGGUGGCAAGGGGGUGAUCAGAUCUAUGCACUGCAACAGUGAGUACCAUGCCGAGGUCAUUCCAGUAGACCUGGCCAUCAAUGGACUGGUCGCCCUACCUUGGCGUACAUUUGGACCUGAGCCGCUCGAUAUGUUCAAGAACAGCCCAACAGUGCCCGUGUUUAACCUGACCCAGAGUGGCCUGAAACCGGUGACCUGGGGCGAAAUCCUGAACAUGGGCAAACAGGCCACCUACAAGAACCCGUUCUCAGUGAUGCUGUGGUACCCCAACGGUGACAUCCGAAGCAACAAAAUGGUGCACAACUUGUGUGUCAUCUUCUACCAUUGGCUGCCUGCCAUCCUCAUCGAUUUCAUGCUGUUCAUCACUGGCAACAAACGAUUCAUGAUGAACGUACAACGCCGCAUCCAUGACGGUCUAGAGGUGUUGCAAUAUUUCACAACCAGAGAAUGGAGUUUCAAGAACGACAAUUUCAUCGCCGUCAGAGAUUCGAUGAACGACCUCGACAAAUCGAUAUUUCCGAUCCAGUUCGAGAUUAUAGAUUGUCUCGAUUACAUCAACACGUGUGUGCUGGGUGCCCGGCAUUACAUGAUGAAGGAGGACCCCUCUACACUGCCCAAAGCUAGGAGGCUUUUGAGAAUACUGUACGCCCUGGAUUGUGUGACCAGUUUCUCGUUCUACGCGUUGUUCGCGUGGCUGAUCGUCUCGUGUUCGGAUACCGCUCGCUUCGUUCUCGACUCCGCCACUGAGGUCCUUACUGCGCUACCAUUCGUCAGGAGCCUCAAAUAAAUCACACCUAUAUUUAGCUAACAAUUAAUUAGGUACUAAGAUCCAAUUGUAAGAAGAUAAUUACUGAAUAAUACAGUAUCCCAACCAAUGUUUGAUGAUAACUAUUACCGUUCUAUUCGUCAGAAGUCUCUACCUAUUCAUGGGAAUAAUUCAUUAAAGAUACCAUUCGUCAGGAUUGAAUCUUUAUUUAGCUAACAAUCAAUUAGGUACUACAAUUGUAAGGAGAUAAUUAAUGAAUAAGACAUUAUCGAUCACAACCAUAGUUUGAUGAUAACUAUAUUAGGUACCGUUCUAUUCGUUUGAAGUCUACCUAUUCAUGGGAAUAAUUUAUUAAAGAUACCAUUCGACAGGAUCAAAUAUAUAUCUAGCUAACAAUUAAUUAGGUACUAAGAUCCAAUUGUAAUAAGAUAAUUACUGAAUAAGUCAAUAUUCCAACCAUAGUUUGAUGAUAACUAUUACCGUUCUAUUCGUCAGGAUCAAAUCUAUAUCUAGCUAACAAUUAAUUAGGUGCUAAGAUCCGAUUGUAAGAAGAUAAUUACUGAAUAAGACAGUAUCCCAACCAUUGUUGGAAAUUAUUGUAUAGUGUGAAGGAGGCAAAAUGGUUUUUUUACCUGUUUUCUCCAUGAAUAAAUAAAUAAAUAAACUUCAUUGUUUGAUGAUAGAGGCACCAUUUGUCCGGAGCCAGGAUAAAUCAAAACUAUAUCUAGCUAAUAAUUAAUUAGGUACUAAGAUCCAAUUGUGAGGAGAUAUUACUGUACAAGACUAUCAAAACCAAGGGGAUAACUUUAUAGGUACCGUACUGUAUCACUCGUCAGAAGUCUCUACCUAUCCAUGUGGAUAAUUUAUUGAAUAUACCGUUCCAUUCGUCAGAAUAGAUCAAAUCUUUCUAGCUUACAUCAACUAAGUACUAAGAUCCAAUUGUAAGGAGUUAAUUACCGUACAGGAGUACUAUAUAUUACAUAAGUACUUGCACUAAUAAAUACAAUUACAGAGGAAGAGAUAUUGAAGAUACCAUUCGUCAAGAGCGGGCAUAAUAUUAUAAGUACUGCACACGUCAGGUGCCUCAAAUAAAUAGAAUCUAUAACUAGCUGACAAUUAAUCAGGUACUAAGAUUCAAUUUUAAGGAGAUAAUUACUGAAUAAGACAGUAUUCCAACCAUAGUUUGGUGAUAACUAUUAGCAUAGAGAAAAUAUAGCAUAAUGCUAUCUUUCCUAUGAUCAGUUGCACGAAAAACCAAUUGAAUUUAAUCACCAUAAAAUGAUCCGUGAUAAAUAGAGUGAUCCGUGGUCUAGUGGAUAGAGUGUUGCGUAGAAGCAUAGAGAUCCCGGGUUCAAACCCUCUCAUUACCAAAAGUUUCUUAACCAGAUCACUCCCGUGUUAUCGGAUAGGCACGUUAACUGUCGGUUCCGGCUGAAGUAUGACAGUCGUAAGACACAUUGACGGCUUUAAUUAUAUAUUCAGGCGGUGGGACCUUCCCGCAAGGGACUCCUCACCAACAAGAGCCAUAAGAAUUUACUUUUUACCAUAAAAUGACGUCAUUAGGUUAACGUCUGAUUUGUUAAUUUGUUAUGUUAGAUAAUAUCAUAUUCAGUGAUAAAAUAUUCUUGCAACUGGCGAAUAUUCACGAAGUGCCUGAGUUUUUCCAACUAAUCUCCAACUUCUAUUAAUAAAAUAGACCAACUUCUAUCCUCAUAUUCGAUUGAUUUUAUUUCAUGUCGAUAAAGAAAUAUGAUUUGUAGUCAUUUAUUACUCACUUUCUGAUAGAAUUUUGCUCAACUUCAUCGAUUUCGUGUAGCCUUAUUCGAGGCCUUAUUAUUAUUAAGAUGUUCUUUCAUAUAUGAACAAUAGAAUAGCAAGUUUCCAAUUGUAAUAGGAAAGUAUAUAAUUGUAAAUAAAACUGUCAAUUGUAAUUCUGAUUGUUUUCCAAUAAAUUUAUUAUUGAACUAA